UCCAACGAGCUGGCGGGGGCGAAAGAUGGCGACGCCCGUCGGGUGGUCGCCGGGAGGGUCAGGAUCAGUGUGUCUCGCCUUCGAUCAACUGCGAGACGUGAUUGAGUCUCAGGAGGAACUGAUCCAGCAGCUGAGGAACGUGAUGGUUCUCCAGGACGAAAAUUUUGUCAGUAAAGAAGAGUUCCAGGCAGUGGAGAAAAAGCUGGUGGAAGAGAAAGCUGCCCAUGCCAAGACCAAGGUUCUCCUGGCCAAGGAAGAGGAGAAGUUGCAGUUUGCCCUCGGAGAGGUAGAGGUGCUGUCUAAACAGCUGGAGAAAGAGAAGCUGGCCUUUGAAAAGGCGCUCUCCAAUGUCAAGAGCAGAGCCCUGCAGGAGUCCAGCAAGAAGGACCAGCUCAUCACCAAGUGCAAUGAAAUUGAGUCUCACAUUAUAAAGCAAGAAGAUAUACUUAAUGGCAAAGAGAAUGAGAUUAAGGAGUUGCAGCAAGUUAUCAGCCAGCAGAAAGAGAUCUUCAGGAAUCACGUGUCUGACUUCCGGAUCCAGAAGGAGCAGGAGAACUACAUGGCCCAGGUGCUGGACCAGAAGCAUAAGAAAGCCUCGGGGACGCGUCAGACCCGCAGCCGCCAGCGUCCCAGGGAAAAAUAAAAUGGUCGUCUCCUUCCUGUCAUCUGGCUGUAAUGCCCAACCUCUGCCUUCUCUGCUGUGGUGGUCCCCAUCCUGACCCUUCCAAUCCCUGUGGGUACCUCCCUGAGGCCUCACAGUGGCCUGGACCCCAGGGAAGAGGUAGGGUGAAAGGCAAAAGACGCUCUCCUUCCUUCUUCCCUGCCUGCCUUUUGGACCACCACCUGUCAGGCCACUGCUGUGUUCAGAAUGGAUGCUCCUCGAGUCUCCAGCCCCUGCUACUCCCCUCCCUCCCUCCUUUGGGUAGUAGUGGGGGCCCAUGGGGGUGUGGGGUUGUAGCCUAGGGAAGGACUACUUGGUUGUCUAGUAGGCACUGUCCCUUCUUACUCUUGGUAUUAAAUUCCUUCCUACAUAAACAACCCUGGUUACCCCAGUGCCCUGGUAAAUUUAACUCUCUCAACUUGAA